AUGGGGGCUUCGGCAACCAUGUUGUUUAAAGCGCAUACCCGUCGGGUUCUGGCGCGGCCCAAGACCGUCUUUCCCAUCGUUCUCUUCUUCCUACUACUCAUUUACCUCGUACAAAAGCGCGACAUAUAUCGUGCUGGGACCCAUGCCGCGGUAGAGGUCGUCGAGGUUGACAUCGGCGAACAGCCCGUGCCGGGAGCUCAGCGCGAAGAAAAGUUGCUUCGUGAGCUUCGGGGCAAGUUCGAGCAGGAGAGCAAGGCGCUGGAAAAGGAUCCGAGGGCGUUCGCCAUAUUCGGGAAUACACUCGAAACUCUUGUCGAGCAAGAUAUCAGAUCCCGUCCACAGGAAGACAACCUCACACCGUCCAACAACGGCACCGAGUUCACCAACGAGCAGCCCUUCGUAUUCAAUCCGUAUCCAAAGUACAAUAAUGCAGCUUGGAAAGCACGGCAUGCCGAAUAUGUGCCGUGCCGGGGCCCCACAGGAAGUCUGGUUGAGGAUAUCCGCGUCUUCAAGGGCCGCCCUCGUAACUUCCCCGACCCUGGAUUUGGAUCGUAUGAGGACCUGGGUUUGGACCAGAACCUCUGCUUCGAGAGGGAAACCAGAAUGGGCCAGUAUGGGGUUUCGCCCGUAAUGGGUGAGGACGGCAAGCCGCUGGAAUGGGACACCAUUGACUGGGGGACCUUGCAACGCGAGUGCCGAGAGCUGAACGAGGCACGAUUCGCAACCAGUGGCCCCCCCAACAUCUACGUCACCGCUGCAGACGAGAAGAAGGUGAAGACUAACAAUGAUGAUUCACAAAACUUCAAGCGACACAUGGAUCAUCACGUCAGGCGCCAAGCAGGGUCGUCCGGGCCGUCAGUGACUAACACCACUUCGACGGUUAAGGAACCGAGAACAGCCCUGCUGCUCCGCUCCUAUACAGGAAAGGAGUAUACUGACAACGACAAGCAAGCCAUCCGCUCGCUGAUCACUGAGCUGAACCUCCGGACUGGCGGAGAAUACGAGGUUUUCCUGUUCGUCCACGUCAGAGACGACUCGGAUAUAUGGUCGAGCAAAGAGGCCUAUCAGCAAGUCGUCCAAACAGCAGCACCCCGCGAGUUCUGGAAUAUCACCGUCCUGUGGAAUGGAAAGGCUGUUGACCGCAUGUACACAAAACUCCCGGAUAAGGCCCGCAGAGUGCACAACGGUCAAUUCUUGCCAGUACAGAUGUUCAUGCAGGAGCACCGAGAAUUUGAGUUCGUCUGGAAUUGGGAGAUGGAUUCUCGGGUCACGGGUCACCACUACGACGUUCUGAACAAGUUGUCCGAGUUCGCCAAGAAGCAACCCAGGAAGGGACUCUGGGAACGCAACGAACGGUUCUACGUGCCCGGAUUCUACGGAGACUACGACAAAAAGUUUCGCUCCGCUGUCGAGCGAAGCACUUCCGGGAGCACGAUAUGGGGCGCGCCCGAGGUUUCGGUCGUCAAGCCUAUCGGUCCUAACCCCCCAGUGCCGUCGCCUGACCAGGACAAGUACGAGUGGGGCGUUGGCGAGGAUGCAGACCUCAUCACACUUGCGCCCAUGUUCAACCCCAUCAACAGCAACUGGGUCAUGCGCAACCAGGUGUGGGGGUACCGGAAUCAAGAUUUUCCGUGGGGAAAGCUCCCUCGUAGGGCUACUAUCAUCACCCAGGUUCGCGUCUCUAGAAGGCUGCUCGAUAUCAUGCACGUCGAAGAUCUUCGUGGCAAUCACGUGGCGUCGGAAAUGGUGACGCAGACGACGGCGCUCCUCCAUGGUCUAAAGGCCGUAUUUACCCCGAUGCCUGUCUUCUUCGACCGGCCGUGGGACGGUGCCGCGCUCGCGAGGUGGUUCAACGGGGGACCAAAGGGAGCGAGCGGUGGCUUCGGAAGCGCCAUGGGAUGGGGCCAGGAGGAGCGAUACCAGGGCUCCACCUGGUAUUACCGGGCCCUCCCGCCGCAGCGGCUGUACAACAACUGGAUGGGCUACGAGGAUACGGCGAUCGGAGGCGCCACAUGGGAGGCAGACCAUGGCCGUCCGUGCCUCCCUGCCAUGAUUCUGCACCCCAUCAAAGAAAUCAAGCCGACUCCGCCGGGGUGGGUGACGGAAUCUAAGCUGCCCUACAAAUGA